AUGUUUUAUCUUAUUGGAUUAGGGUUGGGCGACGCCAAAGACAUAACAGUAAAGGGUUUAGAAGUUGUAAAAAAUGCACAAAGAGUUUAUCUGGAAGCAUACACGUCAGUGUUAACUGGCGGAAAGGAAGCUUUGGAAUCGUUUUAUGGAAGGGAUGUUAUCCUGGCUGAUCGAGACUCAGUGGAGCAGUCGGCAGAUGAGCUGAUGGCACAAGCAGACACUGUUGAUGUUGCCUUCCUGGUUGUUGGUGACCCACUAGGUGCCACAACUCAUACUGAUUUAAUCUUGCGAGCUGUAGAAAAACAAAUUCCGUACAAAGUAAUCCAUAAUGCAUCAAUCAUGAAUGCUAUUGGCUGCUGUGGACUUCAGCUGUAUAACUAUGGAGAAACUGUGUCCAUUGUCUUCUGGACAGAGGAUUGGCAGCCGGAGAGCUUUUAUGACAAAAUUAUCUCCAACAGGGAGAGAGGAAUGCAUACCCUUUGUCUUCUUG